AUGUCUCACCUUCCGAUCAAGUGGGCGGAGCGAAAGGACCGCGUGUUCAUUACAGUCGAAGCGAUGACCGCCUCCGACGUCCACGUGACCUUCCAGGAGAAGACAGUGUCCAUCUCCGGCUAUGGCGUCACCGCCAAGGGCAGUGAACCGCACACGCUCAAGGGUGAGCUGCACCUCCUCAAGGAGAUUGUGCCGGAGGACUCAACCUUCAAGGUGCUUGGCGUGUCGAUUCAGAUCUGCGCCAUGAAGAAGGAUCAGGGCUACUGGAACCGUCUCGUUGAGGAGCCAACCAAGCUCACUAAGAGCUGGCUAUCUGCCGACUGGAACCUUUGGAAGGAUGAGGACGACGAAGCUGAGGAGGAUGCCGCCGCGUCCAACUUCGGCGGGUACGGCGACAUGGGCGGCAUGGACAUGGGGUCGAUGAUGGGCGGCAUGGGUGGGAUGGGUGGGAUGGACAUGGAGUCAAUGAUGGCCUCCAUGGGCAAGGGUGCAGGGGGUGACUCCGAUGACGAAGAGAUGGCCGACAGCGAGGGCGAGGAACAGGCUGACGACGAGUGCGAGAAGAGCGAGGAGCCGGCCGCAGACAUCAGCGACCUCAACGCAUAA